UUUGAAAACGGCUUCCUCUUCUUUUUAUAUAUUUUCAUACCUCUUUCCCCUUUUCUUUUAUUCUUUUAAAAUGUCUAUGAACAAACAACAACUGGAUGCAUCGUGUCACGAGUGCAGCACAAUUGUAGAUGGCAGUGAUAGUCUUAAUGAUGAAUUAUUACAGACAACAUUUAAAUGGAUGUUCUGGUCACCACAUCAUCUUGUAAAGGAUGAUGUGUUCUUUGCACCUUCAUCGCCUUCCUGUAUUAUUGAUAAUAACAGUUGGGUACCUACCCCUUGUUUGUCGCCCGUGACUUCCCCUUCCGACUUCUUGUACGACCGAGAACCAUUAUUUGAUGGUAUUGAUUAUUACUAUGGUGGUGCUGAAGAAGAUAAAACCGAUCACUGUACCGAUUCACCAGUAAAUAACUCAAUAAUUAUGCAUCAAACACCUGAUGAUGAUGAUGAUUGGUCAGCCUUAUUUAACGGUGAUAAUUAUGACUUUUUACCAUUAACACCAUCCUCUACUGAAGAAGAAGGCCAAGAAACAUUAUCAGAAGAUGACGAAGAAGAUCAAGAAUAUUUAGAUGAAUCUCCUCCUAUACAGGUUAUGAACGGGACUACAGAAUCAAAACAACAUAAUCCCUUAAAAAGAACAAUUGAAGAAUCAUCUUUAUUAUUUACACCUUCAAAAAAAUCAAAAUCUUCGACUGUCUUUGAAAAUCUCACUAAAUUGGGCAUCGACUGGUGUAGAUACUGUGGUACAACAGAAGGUGUUAAUUGGAGGCCAGGCCCAUGGGGUAAAAGAACAUUAUGCAAUAAACAUGGUUGUGAUUAUAAAGGCUACGGUCUGGCUAGUAGGUUACCAAGACUGGAUCUGUCUGCAUUUGCUAAAGAAAGGCUACAAGAUCGUCAAAGGCCAAUAGUGCAGCAAUUUUGUGUUAUUUGUCAAUCCCCUGAAAAGACGCUAGAUAAACUGAUCCCAUGUCAAGGUGGCUGUUCUCGCGCAUAUCAUCAAUAUUGCCACUCUAUUAAAAAUACUUCUUCGGCAUGGUACUGUAGUACUCAAUGUCAAGAAAACAAGUUAAAGAAUAAGGUCGUUGUUGACCUGCCAAGAAAAUACCUGCCUUUGAUGCGUUUACAGCAACAAAAGCAUCAUUUAUAACCCCCACCACCACCACCGCCAUUUCAUUUUUAUAUAUUUUCUCUUGUUUAUACGCACAUACUAUACAUAAAAAAAUAAAUAUAUCUUCCGGUAAUAUAAGGGAAUGCAUAUUCCAACUUAUUUACUUUUAAACUAAUACAAAAA